CAUCCCCGGGAUGGGUUGUGAAUCUUUUACUUUGUCUCUGUUCAAGCGGGUACGGUGCGGCUUAUUUUCUGCGGAAUCCUGCUCGGCAGAGUUUGCUCGCCGCCUCGGACGGAGAGCCGGGGGUGGAACGGAUGAUUCUCUGCGGAGCGAGACCGACAAGAUCCAUGCGUUAGACCUGCAGUGAGAGGUUUAUUGGAAUAAAAACCCACAAUGGGAAGCAAACCACGACUGAAGACGAGGGAACGGCAACAAGUGAAGCAGCCCGAGGACUGAGAGCACCGACUGGAGAGAACCCAUCUGACUCAGAGAUUCCAUUGAUUCAGUCAGCAGAAAGUUUGAGCAGUAAAAAUUGAUCACACCUGUCCACAAAAUGGAUCAAUGUGUGAGCAGGAGAGGAGUUCCAGUAACGUCAACAUCGGGAAAGGACACGGUGAUCACCGAGCUCCUGGCAAGCUGGGAUGAUUCCCAGCUGCUGCAGUUGACGGACUCCUACCGGGACAGGGUGGAGCAGGCGAUGGAAGGAGGGGUGCACGGAGUGAGCCUGGCAUUAACGGCCAAGAAUCAGUUCAGCGGAGAUGAACAUCGGAAAAUCUCUGAUCUCGCUGAUAAGGGAGAGCGGGCGGACAGUUCUAAACUCCUCCUGAGCCUGGUGAUGGAGAAAGGCUCCCGCGCCCGGAGGGUGAUGUGGGAAACCUUUGUGAAAAUGCGGAUUGGUGUCCCAAAGUUGGACAAAAUACUGAAAGAAAUACAGGAACAUGGUUGUGAUUCUUCCCAUCGACCAAUUCCCGCUCAACAUUUACUAAAGCUUCUCAGUGAGCUGAAAGAUGUUCAACAGAAACACAAGGAGACUCUGCGGGCACAAACUGAAACACUGAGAGUGAACACGAUCCUGAUGACGGAGAAGGUGAAGGUUUUCCAGCUGGUUGAUCAAUACACUGAGCUCACGGUCAUUUCUACUGUUCGAGAUCGGAGACUGGUGGAACAUGAGCUGCUGGAAAGAGGCAGAGACCACGAGGAGUGGAGAGAAAAACAUCUCCGUGGUAAGCUGGAAAAAAUCCGGACUGAUCAGCUGUUCCAGAGCAGCUUUUCCCGGAGUAACUCUGAAUCUGGGAAUUCGGCAGCAGUUGCUGGAGACCCAGGGAUCGGGAAAACCACAAUGGUACAAAAGAUUGUUUAUGACUGGGUCACGGGGAAAAUAUAUCAACAAUUCCAGUUUGUCUUCAGUUUCAAAUUCCGGGGUUUAAACUUCAUUAACCACAGAAUAAACCUGACAGAACUCAUUCUGGAUCAGUAUCCUUACUUUGCAAAUAUCCUGAGAGAGGUCUGGAAGAACCCAGAGGGAUUGCUGUUUAUAUUCGAUGGUUUGGAUGAAUUCAAUGACGCAAUUGAUUUUGCUGACAGUCGGAGAGAUACAGAAACUUGGUCCACAUGCACAGAUCCUGAAUUCAAGUGCAAGGUGUCUGAUAUUGUGUACAGUUUAAUCCAGGGCAAGCUGCUCCCAGGGUGUUCAGUGCUGGUGACCACCCGCCCCACUGCGUUACAUUUAUUGAAAAAGACUGAGAUCAGUGUCAGGGCUGAAAUCCUGGGAUUUUCUGGUGAGGAACGGAAGAAAUAUUUCUUCAGGUAUUUUGAAGAUCAGACGGUGGCAGCAGCUGUUUUCAGACAUGUGAAGGAGAACGAGAUCCUGUACAGCAUGAGCUACAACCCCUCCUACUGCUCGAUCCUUGCUCUGGCACUGGGCCCCUUCUUCACACCAAAUGUCAGGGACCCGCAGCGAGUGCCCAAGACCAUCACCCAACUGUACUCCUACUAUAUUUACAACAUCCUGAAAAACCACAGCCGUGAGAUUGAGAACCCCCGUGAUAUGUUACUCAGGGUUGGUCAGAUGGCCUUCAGAGGAGUGUCCGAGAAGAAGAUUGUGUUUACAGAUGGGGAUUUGAUCAACUACAAUCUGCAGCCUUCCCAGUUCCUGUCCGG